GUGCGCUGAUGAGCUUUAUUUUGAAAUGGAGAUAUAAUCUCUAAACAUUGGUCAAAUAUGUUUCUGACUACGAAAUUAGGUGGCGGGGAAAUCCCAAAGUUGAACAUAGCAUUUUCGCGUAAUGAAGAGAUUAGAUCCAAUCAUGGGGAUCGAUUAGCUCUUCUAGUCAAGUUUUCUAUGAUUAAGACUAUACUGUUUGAAGUUCAUCUACCAGUUGUCUCAAGCCAUGGACUUCAGCGUGCCUGAGAUAGGCUGAAUGCGGCAAACCUUUUUCUUGAACUUUUGGAUAGGGUUAUGGCCUGUCCGCAAACGAAUUGCAUAAACAAUUUCAAGGUAGAGAGUGAACAAUCUAAGGAAAACAAAAUUCAAAAUAUAUGAAGAUCAGGAUUACCUAAGACUAGAAAUAGUUAUGGUAACAGAGGAGUAGUAUUACCCUUUGUAUAUUAUAACAAUAUAUAUUGUCCUUUAAAAAAGGGGAUAAGGGGAAGAACUCUAGAUUUUAAUUUUAGAUUGCUAUCCACUAGUGCUGGGAGCCCAGUACAGAUAAAAUCUAACACUAAUGAUAAGCUUCUAAAGCUAGCUAAGCAUUGUAAAAAGAAUUUUAAUGGUCAAAUCCAAAUGGACAAAUUAUACCGAUUAAUGUAUGAUUCAGCACUGUAUGAAUUGGCAUAUAAAAAGCUAGGCGCUAGUUCUGGGCGCAAACUCGGCGCAAGCUCUGGAGGGAAUAUAAAUCAGGCGGGUAUUAAUAUUAAACCCCUUGACCAUAACCACUACCCUUUAGUAGGAUCCGCAGAGAUGUUAUCUGAAGUAAUUGAAGGAAUUAUUGCUGAGUUGAAAGAUAGUAGGUUUAGAUUUGAAGGAAAAAAGGUAAAAACCCUAGUAAGUAGACCUCUUACUACUUUUAGAAAUAAACUGGUACAAGAGGUAAUGAGAAUGAUUUUAGAAGUUAUAUUCGAACCAACUUUCUCUGAACACAACCAUGGGUUUAGGCCAGGAAGGGGAUGUCAUUCGGCUUUGAAAGAAAUUAAGGCGCAAGCUAUAAAUUUUGGAGUAUCAACCUGAUAUUUUGAAGGAGAUAUUUCUAAAUACUUAGUUACUUGUGCUGACGAAGUUAUGCAUGCAAGCUCCUCUUUUGUUACUUCGAGACGUGGCGGCGACGGUAGCGGCAAAGCCGCAGCAGCAGCCACGCUCGUAAGUUCUCAAAUAGAAAGAGUCUUAAUGAAUAUAAUUGAAAAUAAAAUUAAAGACCGUAGGUUUACAGAUUUAAUAUGAAAAGCUUUAAAAGCUGGAUAUUUUGAAUUUAAAAUAUUCAAAGAUUCAAAUACAGGUACUACUCAAGGUGAUAUACUUAGCCCUAUUUUAAAUAACAUUUAUCUAAAUGAAUUAGAUAGAUUUAUUAGUAAGUUAAAAUUAGAGUACGAUAAAGGAAUUAAACCUAAAGUAAAUCCUUAUUAUGACAAACUUUGUAAUAUGAAGAAUAAAACUCUUGAUGUACAAACUAGGAACCGUAUCCAUAAGUUACACUUGAAGACUCCUUAUUAUAAAACACUAGAUCCUAGUUUCAAGAAAUUAGUAUAUGUAAGAUAUGCUAAUGUUUGGGUUAUAGGUGUUAGAGGAUCCAAAGAGGAUUGUAACAUUCUGUUAGAAAAAAUAGAAAUAUUUUUUAAAGAUAAAUUAAAUAUUGGGGGCGCAAGCUCUCGCGCAAGCUCGAGUUUUGAGCUUGUGCCUAAAACCCUAUCUAGUAUAACUAAUGCUAAAAAGGUCUUAUUCUUGGAUACGGUAAUAUUCAGUAGCUGACACAGAAAACAUCAAUCUUUGACUUCCAGUUCAUCUGGGUUCAUGCUAAGAAAUGGUAGAGAAAUUAGACUUGAAGCACCUAAACAAAUAAUACUACAAAAACUAAAUGAAGCCGGUUUUAUAACUAAAGGGAAACCAUCUCCUAAAUUACUAUGACAACAUUAUAAUAAGGACACAAUAAUAACAUUAUAUAAUUCUGUAUAUAGGUAUAUUAAUUAUUAUAGUUUUGCUGAAAAUAUUUCCAAAAUUUCUUCAUGACUUCACUUUAUAUUAAAAACUUCUUGUGUGAAAUUAUUGGCAUCCAAAUUUAAAUUAGGAACUAUAUGUAAAACUUAUUUUAAAUUUGGAAAAGAUUUAAAAGGAGAUAAUAAAAUCGGUUUUGUGGAUGCGAUGGCUUAUGGAAUAAAUAUUUGAGACUUUAAGAUAUCAACUAAAGGUAUAAUUCAAAUCCUAUAUGCUGGAACAAAAACCUCUAGAGGCGGAGCCGCGAAGCCGCUAAGGAGCAAAGCCGCGAAGCCACAAAGCCGCCGGACUAAAAUUUAA